CCGGAUUCCUGCAUGGUAGCGGCUUCGCGGCGCUUACCGGGCAGUUGCAGAGCUGUGCGGGCAGCAACACAUCGCUAUCAUGCCAGCUGAACCCCGCCAUGCAGGUGGCUCGGCCCUCGGAGGUGGUGCUGCAGACGUGCAUCGGCAGGGGCAGCAUGGGCAGUGUGUUCAAGGGCACCUGGCGGGGGGAGGCGGUGGCCGUCAAGGUACUCAAGCACUCCGCGACAGGGCCGGACGAAGAACAGGCGAAGCGGAUCGAGCAGGAGGCGGCUCUGGGCAUCUGCCUGGACCACCCAAACAUCGUGGCCACCUACGCGGCCUUCACCACCGUAUCCGCAGUCCCCGGACCCCAGCUCCCAACCUCCCGACAAGCCUCCAUGCACAGCCAAGGGCAGCUGCACAUUCCCUGUAGCCGUACCACUCCCUUCGGCUUCUCGCCCGGGCUCAGUGCUGCACCUCUCAUCCAAGUGGAGCAGCUGGACCUGACCCACGGGUCACAAGCGGACACCCGCGCCUCCGCCUUCAACAACACCGGCGGCAGCACGAGCUUCAGUCGCGCCCCCUCAACCUUCAGCCGCUGGUCCCCGGGAGUCUUCCCGGACGAACCCCUUCCGGGCUCCCCCAUCAGUCCCCGAGGCACUGCCAUCGCUGCUGCUGCUGCUAUGUCCGGCUGGCCCACUGCUGCCGCUGCUGCUGCUGCUGCCGUACCUCCUCCUCCUCACCCCGUCGCCGCCACCACUGGCAGCAGCCGCUGCGGCAGCUUCGCCUCCAUUGCCGCCGGCCACUCCUACAGCA